AUGGGUCUUACGUAUAACGUCUACCUCAAUUCUGCCAAAAUCUUCGGGUGCAAGAACUGUAAGACUCAUCUCGCCGACUUCGACGACAUCAUCUCCCGGAACUUCCGCGGCCAGCAUGGCAAAGCCUUCCUGUUCGCCACCGUCGUCAAUAUCAAGCAGGCCGAAGCGAUGGAGCGGAAUAUGACUACAGGGAGACAUAUCGUGAGAGACAUCAAGUGCAAACAGUGCGAUGAGACGGUGGGUUGGAAGUACGAUAAGGCGUAUGAGGCGAGCGAGAAAUAUAAGGAGGGCAAGUUCAUCUUGGAGUCGGAACUGCUGUGUACGGUGACAUGA